GUGUGUCUCCUUGUUGUAAAACACAGCAACGCCAGCCAUCUGCGUCGAGAGGGCACACUGCACUCAGCGCAAUUACGCGGACUCCAAACUGGCACGGCGGUCAGAGCAAAAAAGAGACAUUUUCCCGCUAUUGACCGAAGUGCAAAUGGACUUUAAAUCACGUCAUUCGGAUCAUUUUGAGAACUUGUUUUGAGCACUUCAAUGCAGUUUACGGCACAGCAGCUGUGACUGUUAUGUUUAUCACGCAUGUGCUCUGAGCACGUCGCCAUUUAAUAAACUGACUUUUUUUUUUUCUUUUUAGAUUGCUUUCCUUCUUCUCUAAAAUUGGCUCCCGUACAAACAGCCGCGUUGGAUCCCUCGGCUUACUGCGAGACUCCGGUGUAUAACCCGGAUCUCUGCCCUAAUAUGAUAGCCGCCCAGGCAAAGUUGGUGUAUCACCUCAACAAAUACUACAACGAGAAAUGUCAAUCUCGGAAGGCGGCCAUCUCCAAGACCAUCCGCGAGGUGUGCAAGGUGGUGUCGGAUGUGCUGAAGGAGGUGGAGGUGCAGGAGCCGCGCUUCAUCAGCUCCCUCAGCGAGAUGGAUAACCGCUUCGAAGGACUGGAGGUCAUCUCUCCCACCGAGUUUGAGGUCGUCCUCUAUCUGAAUCAGAUGGGAGUAUUCAACUUCGUAGAUGACGGCUCUCUGCCGGGCUGCGCCGUCCUCAAGCUCAGCGACGGCCGCAAGAGAAGCAUGUCUCUGUGGGUCGAGUUCAUCACCGCCUCCGGCUACCUCUCUGCGCGCAAGAUCCGGUCGAGAUUUCAGACGCUGGUGGCCCAGGCUGUGGAUAAAUGCAGCUAUAGAGAUGUUGUGAAAAUGGUCGCUGACACGAGCGAGGUAAAGCUGCGCAUAAGAGACAGAUACGUUGUCCAAAUAACGCCUGCUUUCAAGUGCACUGGCAUCUGGCCGCGAAGCGCUGCGCACUGGCCUCUGCCGCACAUACCCUGGCCGGGACCCAACCGAGUUGCAGAAGUCAAGGCGGAGGGUUUCAAUUUGCUAUCCAAAGAAUGCUACUCGCUGAACGGCAAGCAGAGCUCGGCAGAGAGCGACGCCUGGGUGUUGCAGUUCGCCGAGGCCGAGAACCGGCUCCUCCUGGGCGGGUGCAGGAAGAAAUGCUUGUCGGUCCUCAAGGCAUUGCGAGACCGUCACCUGGAGCUGCCGGGACAGCCUCUGAACAACUACCACAUGAAAACUUUGGUUUCCUACGAGUGUGAGAAACAUCCCCGGGAGUCGGACUGGGAUGAAAACUGCCUGGGCGAUCGCCUGAACGGGAUACUAUUGCAGCUUAUUUCGUGUUUGCAGUGCAGGAGGUGCCCGCAUUAUUUUCUGCCUAAUUUAGACCUGUUUCAAGGAAAACCGCACUCGGCUCUAGAGAACGCGGCCAAACAGACUUGGCGACUGGCAAGAGAAAUACUGACCAACCCCAAAAGCUUGGAGAAACUCUGAGGUAACACAAAAGAAAAGAAAUAUAUAUAUGUUGAUUUACUUCCUUUUAAAAAAUGUGUUAGAGGUCUAAAGAGCUCAUAAACGGACGGAGGAAAUUUUGACAAACAGUUGUUGUGAAAUGUGAGUUUCUGUUAAAAUAUUUUUGGCCCAGCUUUUUUCACUACGGUCUUUCUUUUCUAACAGUAUCAAUUGUAAUUAUUCCUGUUCAUCUUUGGAGGUGUUACUAGACUUUUCAGAAGCAAGUUCAAAGUAUUGUCAGUUAAUCCGGAAGGCCACAAAAGAUCUUUUUUUAUUAUUAUUCUUUUUUUUCCGCACCACACGACUGAUAAAAUCCAACAUUUUCCCAAAUGCUUUAGAAUACAACCCCAUAACAAACUAUGAAUAAAUAAAAAAAAAAAACAACACAUCUGUACAUUUUAUUAUACUGUAAAUACAUUCAUAGAUUGUGAAUCAAGUGAUCUGAGAUUGUGAAUGUUGUUCUGUGACAAGUAAAUAGGAUCCACCUGUUUAAAUCUGAACUUUUUUCUUUAUCUGCUAGAAACGUUUUUAAUUUAUUCUUGCAUCAGUGGUAGUCUGACUCACCUGUUUCAAUGGACAUUUUCUAUUUUUUUUAAGAGUUUACAUUUUGAUGGUAAGCGUGCGACAUUUGUUACAUCUAAAACAUUCCAUCGCGUUACUUGAAUGAUUAUUUAAAAGUACUCGAGUUGUUUUUCCUUCAUCAUCCUUAUAGGCCAACGUGAUUUAAAAAAAAGAAAAAAGAAAAUGAUAGCCUAUAUAUAGUAUAUAUAUAUAUAUAUAUAUAUAUAUAUAUAUUACAGUUUAAUUCGAAAAAAUGCACUUGAAAUACACUGGAUUAUAACAUCUGUGAUCUGUUUUUUUAUUAUUAUUAUUAUUAUUUCUGUCUUUGAUCUAAUUUAAAGAGAUAAUAAAAGGAGCUGUUUCAUA